AUGGCGGCGCGAAGGCCGCGCGCUCCCUCUGGGGAGCCCUUCUUCACUUCUUCCUCCGCGUCGAAUUCGUACUUCUUUUGCUCUUCCGGGGAGUCCCACUCGCAUGAGAGAGAUCGUGAGGGAGCCCUCGACUCUUCUUCUCGACUUUACUCGCCCGUGCUGACGCCUCCGCUGCUUCAGCCGACAUCCGCUGCGCGGCCGUCGACGGCCCUUCCCCACUCCUUUCCCGGAGGCAGACCGCUCUCUGUGGCGGAGCUAGGCGCGGGCCGCCAUUCAGCGCCGCUUACUUUCUCUCUCUCAGGCUGUAUAGCUCAGGCGUCUCCUCCUUUUCUCUCACCUCCGUGUUCACUCUCUUCGCCUCUCCCCUCCGGGUCGCCCGCGCCCUCCCCGUCUCUCUCUUCGGCUACCUGCUCACCCUUCGCCUCCUCGCGGCCGCAGACGGAGACGCCUGGUGGCGCCGUCCGCCUGCCGCCGCCCCUGUCGGAGGCGCACCCGUCGCCGCUGUCUCUUUCGGCUUCGCUUCCUGCCCCAGCCUCCUUUUCCGCCUGCCUCUCUCUGCGGAGCAGCGGCGCCUCCUUCCCGGCGUCCGCGCCCACGGUGUGCCACGCAUAUCCUGCGGUGGCAGUCUCCGGAUUACCCUCGCCGGCGGCGGGCUCCGCGUUUUCUUCUGCUGCGCAGUCUGCAGACGUCUUUUCCGCGCUUGACGCCUGGGAGUCUCCACAGGAGCCCCCUGACGCGCGAGAGCGCCGCCCGUCGAGUUGCGCGUCGCGCCAGCCUCACACCGAGAGAGCCUUCCGUCCUGCGCUGGGGCGGGCGCAAGGCGGGGGAGGCGUCAUAGCGCCGCUGCGUCCCCCGACGUCUCCGCCGUUUCAAAAGACGCUGCAGGGAGAAACCCCGGCGGAGGGCGGCGCGGCGAAGCACUCACGCAGGAUCGCGUCCCCCGCGCGAUCCCUCUCGCCAGCGUCGUCAGCGUCGCUGCGCCCUUCUUCGGCCUCUGUCUCGUCCCUGUCUUCUUCCCCACCGACGGCGGCGGCCUCGGAGCGGGGCUGCGGUGGACCUACACCAGGGGUGGCGUCUGUGCCUGCCGCGACGCCGCCUCUUCGAUCCUGCGUGUGCCCGCCGCAGCUCUCGUCGUGGGCGUCGUGCUGUCGGUACUGUUUGACCUGCAUUCAGUGCGAGAAGCAGCUCGUUUUCGAGGAGGAGAGUGGGAGCGUCUUCCUGCGGCAAUUCCUUGAGUGUCGCGCCCUGCUUCAGCACCUCGCGGGCGUCGAGAAGGAUAAGCGCGAAGCAGCUGAGGAGGUCUUCUUCCGCUCCUCGUCGCACCCCGGAGUCCUGCUUGCCUUCACCGCCUUCGCCGUCUCGGGGCAAACCGAGCGAGGCUUCGUGCUCGCGUGCAUCCACGCGCAGCACUACGCAGAGGUUCAUACGCAGCGCCGCCGCAAGGAGAGAGAAGACGCGCGACGCAGCGGCCCGCGCGUCUCAAGCCAGACGGAAACCCGGGGCGCAAAAAUGGACGCCCAAGAAGAAGGAGUUGCCGACGGCGACGACGCGGAGGAAGGAGGAGAAGCGGCCGCGCCCUGGGCUUUGACUUGCAGCAGCCGCGACGGGGAGAGGGGGGAGAGCUGCAGAGAUGCGUUCAGCGCAGCUGGGGACGGCGGCAACGCACGAGGCGAACGAGCGCGGCGAGGCGGGACUGAUUCGCGUCCUGCAGGCCGUCGGGCGCUCGCGGGAGAGAGGGGCAGACCCUCUGAACGAAACGGGAAAGCGCGAGGUUCGCCGCGGUCGUCUCGGCGUCCCUCCGCAGGUUGCGCGUCGACUGAAGAAGGCGACGCUGCGCGGCUGGAUUUUUCGUUUUCCCUCACGCCGCCUUGGGCCGCGCCGUUGAGCCUCGCGCACGUGGGGUGGCGCCAGUCGCCCCGUGCGUCUUCGCUCCCUCUCGCUCUAGGGCGGGCUGCGAGUCCGCAGGCGCCGCCUGCCUCCGCGGCGGCCGCCUGCUCCUCCGCCCUGCAGGUGCUCUGCGCGACGCUGCUCCUGCGCCGCGUCGUGCUGCCGCACUGGGCGGCAUUCUCCUCGGCUGAGCGCAUCGCCUCCUCGUACCUCCUCGCGCACGCGCUUCUGCAUGCCUCGCCACUCCUUCGGCCUCACCUCCACCGGCUCGUCUCUGCCGUUCUCGCAAUCCGCACGCAGCGCGAGCGCGAGAGACAGGCGCGCCUCGACGCCGCAGAGGCGGCUGCCGGACGCGACGCUCGCCGCCGCUCUGCGCCCUGCGCCUCGAGGCACGCGAGGCACAUCGUAUCUCCCGACGCCCGCAGGCCUUCGCUGUCGCUGGCUUUCGCCGGCUCCGCGUCGCCCCUGAGAGGGAGUAGAGCGCCUGGAGGCAGCGGGCGGAGUGGAGACCUGAGCGUGAGCCCGCGGGAGAGGCAGGCGGCGGAGACAGCCGAGCCUCGCGUCGUCGCUUCCGGGCGAGAAGCGGGGGCGCGUGCGACGCGAGCGGAGGCGGCGAGUGUGUAUUCAAAGGCGCGAUCGGACAGCGAGGGAGAGGAGGAGGGCGAUCCCGGCGGCAUGGAGCCGGAGACCCUCGAGGAGGACGGCGCGGCCGCGUGGAGAAGCCGCCGCAGGUCUCAGACUCGCGACGUCUCCCUGGAGGGCUGCUGCAGAGCGAGCUGCAGCGCAGAGAACGCCUCCAUGCACCUGGAGGAAGGGGCGAUGAGCGACGAGAAGGAGCGCCAAGGCGAAGAGGGAGCGUGGAUUCAGUUCAGGCUUCACUUGCUGACCCUCCUCCGCCUGUGCCUGGAACCUCCUUUUGGCCCUUCGUCUUCCUUCUCGGGAUCGUCUGUUCCGCCGCCUCCUCGCCCGCCCCCAGCUGCGCUUCUCGACGCUCAGCUGUCGCUUCUCUCUCUGCUUCUUUCGCUGGUCGACGAGAACGCGUUCGGCGCCCUCGUGCUGCCGCUCUCCUUUUCUUCUCUGGAGCGCCACUCUUCGUUGUUUAACCAGAUUCUUCCAUCCUCCGCGGGUCUCGCUUCGGCGUCUUUCUGCGCGGGCGCUCCGGGGCCCUCGCCGUCGUCUGUUCCCUCGGCGUCCUACGCCCUCGGCGCCGCUUCUCCGCUGUUCUGCCCCUUCCUGAUGGUCUUGCUCGAUGUUCUGCUGAAGGCUUUAAGAGAGCUUGUGCCGGCGUCUUCGGCGUGCUUUGGACUCGUCUUCACGGGCCUCACUGCGGGCGGCGGCUCCUCCGCCUCCGCCGCACUCGCCCUCGACGCCAGGCACGCAGGCGGCAGCGCCCUGGCGCUCACCAAGGCGAGACUGGGGCCCCAGUUUUCUCUGCCGUCGCCUCUUCUAGCGAGGGCCAUCGUCGAUCUUUAUCGCGCCCUACUCCGCGCCGCGUCCCGCCUCUCGGCCUUGUUCUUUCAGCCCCCCGCCUUCUCGCUGGCGUGGGGAGCGGAUGGCAGCUCUGCGCUCAGGUUUUCUGCAUCGUCACAUGCGCCGACUACCUGCGCCUUGUCGCCCUCCUUCUGCCUUGCGAGGAGGCCUAUCCUCCCUGCGUGCCUAGGAGAAGGAGCUCCCUCCAUUGAAGAGAAGGAAGGGCCGAGGCGGCGAAAGGGCUCUCAGCGCCUCGACCUGAGACAGGAGAACAUUUUUCGCUACCUUUUGCUCUUCUGGGAAGACCUUCUUCGCCCACUGACCUUCUCGGUGCCGAGCUUCUCUUCGCUCUUUCUCACGCUUCUUCGCUGCUCCAGCUCGCGACUGACCGACGCCGAAUACAUCGAAGUCGCUGUUUCGUGCGUAAAGGGCUUGGCAGCCUUUCCCACUUUCCUGGUGACCUUCGAGCUCUGCUGUGCCUCUCUCUCUGCGCUCGCUGGGCGCCUCUUGCCGCCGGUCUCGGCACGCCGCGCCCGCCCGGCGGCCGCAAGAAGGCGGAAAGGCACCUUCCGCACAGACAGACUUCUGUCUGCGAUGCGGCGCAACGAGAGCGAUGCGCGCUCAUCUUCCUUCGGGUUUCCGCGGGGCGCCCUGAAGGCAGAAGGAGACGCCGAGGCGGGUCUGUGUAGGGCCGCUCGUGGCGGACUGACGCCUGACGGGUGCGGAGGGGAGCGACAGACGACAGGGAGGCUUCUGGCGUGCGCCGACGAGAGACAAGCGCUGAUUCGGCGGGGGCAACGGGCUGAUGUCACCCCCAUGCGCGAGGGGCACCAAGGACGGCGACGCGGCGAGUCCCUCGGAGGCAGAGAGGCACGACUCGAUGCCGGCGGCCGCGGUGAAGAGACAGGAGAUGGAGGGCGAGAAGAACAGGAGGAAGAUGAGAGAGACGAGAGCGAGGAUCAAGCGGCGAGGCGACGGGCUGAGACGCCGUUUGCGUUCCAGCGCGACGAGAUGAUGUUGCCUGGCGCCCUGGAGGGCGACGGCGCUUUCAGCCUCGCCGGCGUAGGGCCCUGCGGCGAGGCGGAGACGCACUCAGAACACAAGGGGGGCAAGGGAAAGGCCUACACCGGGGGCAGAGGCGCGAGCAGGGCUCCGCGAGGAGGGCGGGAGGCUCUGAGGUGUAUCUCAGGUGCAGAGGAAGACGCGCUUGAAACCGCGCUAAGGGGGGACGUGGACGCGAGAGGACCGGAGCCCGGGGCGAAAAGCAGGUCAGGUUGUUUCGCGCUGCCGCCAAACCCCGUCACGCCGUCUCGCUGGUCGGCUUCACUGCGACCUCGUCGUGCCCUCUUGCCAUGCGCCGACUCGCCUUCCGUCGCGCGGGACGGCCAUCGCCUCGGCGCUGCGCUCUGUCUCGCGUGUCUCUCUUGUCUCUCCGCGGCGCCGACCUGCAGCGGCCGCAGGCGCUCCCGCGGGUCCAGGCGGCGGAUGGGGCGGCGCGCGGGCGGGCAGCUGCCGCUGGCGCUGCUGCGCGGAGUCCUGGAGUCCUGUCAGAGGCUCGCCGCCCGCGUGCCCGGCACCGCGAAGCAGAUCACCGAGGGCGCGCUGGAGAUCUGCAUCGAGUUGCUGGGCAGGUACCUCCGCAUGUUUGACACGCUGCUCCUGGAGGAGGAAGAGGACGGCGCGAGCUUCGUAUUCGCCUACGACGAAAGCCAAGAGAGGCGUGCAGGCGCGGCGCGGCAUCACGGCCGCGCGCACUCCGGGACGGCCCUCGUCCUCCACGUGGUUCGUCUUCUGUCGGUGCUGGCUGCGAGCCCGCACUCGGACUGCUUUUUCCCGUCGUCCCUCCCUGCCGCGUCUUCGCCUCCUCUUCUUCUUUCGCUUCUCCUGUCGCUCAUCGUGCCCUACUGCCAGCUUCCUCCCUCAGAGGAAAAACAGCUCCUGGAGCACCGCUCGACGUCGCUUUCCUUCGCGCUGUAUCCGCCGUCACCCGCCAGCAAGCCCUCGCAGACUCUGGAGCAGGCCGCGCCUCCCCGGAGCUUUCGUUUGUCUCCUUACUUGUCGGUUUACCGCGCGCGGCAUCCUGGCGCUUCCGCGUGUUCGCCUGCCUCGCGCUGCGCGUGUGCUAAGCGGCUCGAGAGGCCCAGGCGAAGCCCGCAAGCUGCGAGAAGACAGGGGGCGGUCGCGCGAUUCCGACAGGGCAGAAGCGCGUCGGCACUCCAGAGUGAGGCUGAGCGCCCCCCCCCGUAUCGUCCGGUCUCGCCGGCGCCCCGCUUCGCUGCGCCAGAGGAGAUCGCCGCAAGGCGAGGGCGCGCGGGGACGGCGACAGCCGCUCUCUCGGCGGCUGCGCAGAUUCAGGGGCGAGGCGGAGCUGGGCUUCCGCUUGGCGCCGAGGAAGCAGGCGAGGACCGAGAGACGCCGCGCGAGCCCGGAGGAGAGGGAGAGAGAAUGGGCGAACCUCGCGCCGACGGCGAGCCAGCUGGCGGGCGAGGAGGAUCUGAGCCGCCGCUACGGUGCUGCAGGUGCGCAUGUGUUGUGAGUCUUGGCGCGGCGGACUGCGCUGGUGGACGAUCCUCUCGAGGGCGUCGAGACGCAGAGGCCCUUCUUCCCCGCUCCGCCGAGGAGAGUCGAGAAAGCCUCUCCCAAAGGGCGCAAGGGCAUGAAGGUGCCACGGAGAAUCUGGCCUGGGACGUCAACGGGGUGGUGAGUGCUCGCCCGGCAGCCUCGUCUUCUGCUUCAUCCUUGCCUGCUUUGCCGCCUCGGCGGAGCCAGGGUGCAUGUGCGCCGACCGGUGCAUGCGCACAGUAUUCUUCCUCCUAUGGCGCUUCCCACUCCGCGCUUCGCGCGGUCUGUCGUCUUCGCAAUGAGGGAAAAGGGGCGCUUCUCCACACUGUUUCGUCUUGCGCCGGUGCCGCAGACCCCGAAGAUCGCGAGCCGACCGGCAGUCGGCGGGACUCUGCGGCACGACCUCUGGAGGCAGCCGCUGAGGCCGAGCGAGGGGGAGAGACGCACUUCCGCGAUCGCACAGACGCUCACGAAGGCAACAGCGGAGGCGCGCGAGGAGAGAGACAGGAAGAAGGUCGUGCGUGGGUGAGGAACAGGAGAAGACGCGCGCGAAGAGGAGAAGCGCGGCUGCAGAGGCAGGCGCAGCUCGCAUGCGUUGCAGACGGUAUUGAGGAGGAGGAGGAUGAAGAAGAAGAUGGGUCGAUUAGGACAGCGUUCCUGAAGCUGAUCCGCACCCUGGAGAGGCCGCAGAGACGGCGGCUGCUUCCCGCUGGGGGUGCUUACCCUUUUGUGGCCUUUGGGGCCGCGGAUCGCCUCGAGCUCUUGGCGCCUUAUUCUCCUUUCGUUGAACGCCUUCCCAGGUCGUGCGCAUGCGACGCCUCGUCACGGUCUUUCUCUUCGUCUCGCUCUUCUCGCUCUUCCUCCGUCUCGCGUUCCACGUCGCGCUCGCGGUUCUGUCCCUCCUCUUCCUCUUCGUCGAUCGCGGUUUUUUCGGGGUCUUCCUCAGACUCAACAGAGACCGAAGAAGGUCACGUCGCGCCUGCGGCGUUGCCCGCAAUGCAGGCGCGUGAACCUCGAGGGUUUUAUCGCGAAACCUGCUUCGAAGCUUUUGGCUGCGCAGCCUUCCGCCCUCGCUGUGCAUCGAGCGCCGCACCGGCCCUUUCGGGAGAAGAAGAGGAAGCGAUUGACGACGAGGACUCAUUUGAGUCGGAAGAGGAAGAUCUGCUUGAGAGCGAGGAAACUCUAGCGAGAGCCGAAGAGGGCGAAGAGAGCCGGAGGGCCCUGUGGACAGCCGCGGCAGUUGUGGAGGCUGCGUCCUCUGCCGUUCAGCUGGGCGAAGCGCGCAAGAGAGAGGGCGCGCCGCGCUGGUGGAAGAUGACUGAGGUAGCGCUGUGGGCUGUCGGAUCGGUGUCUGCCACGCUCGCGCGGCUUCCGGCUCCUCAGGCGGCGGUCUCGUCGCAGGGGGUCGCCGCCCCGGAGGCGGGCCAGCUGGCCCGCGGGCCAGCUGACUACAGAGGCCGGGGCUCGGCUCAGGAGACAGGCAGGGGGUCUGCGGACGCGCGGAGUCGGCGCGUCCCAGCGGCGAUGGCGCAGGCGCUGUGGAGCGCGAGCUCGAGCGCAGGCGUCGAGUCGCUGAUUAAGACUGUCGCUGCGAUUUUGACGGCGUCAGGCCAGAAGGCCGCGCGCGUGUGCGCCGAGAAGACUGCGCAGAACGGCAUGCGAGGCGAAGAGCCGCUGCAGAGCCGCGGGCAGCUCGCCGAGGGGACAGAGCCAGAGGAAGCCGAGAAAGCGAUGGGGGCCAACAAGCCGCCGUUUGUCUUCGAUGCCGCACCCGAGCGCCUGCCGUCGUUCGCCGCUUCUGUGUCCGCUGGCGCCGCUGGCCUCAACGGGCGGGGCUACGGCGCGGGCGACGGGCGCGGCGCCCCCUGCGGAGGCGUGGAGGGGGACGAGGAGCCUGGCCGCGAGGAGAGCGAAAAGGAGGAAGACCUCCCGCUGCUCAAAGGGCGAUCGCUCAUUGUCGCAAAAAACUUAGCCGGCUACCUGGUGACGCACUACGGCGCAGAUGAACUCCACGCUCUAGCGCGGUUGGCCUUGCGGAGCUGCACCGAUCCGAAUCAGCAUACCGUGGUUAGGCUGUGUAGCUUUGUGGCGUUCGAGGGAUUAGUCGCAGCCCUGAAGGAGACUCCGCCGGGCGUCGCUUUUGAGGCAGACUUGAUUCCGGCGGUCAUCGAGAACGCCGGCGGGCUGCUGCCGCGUCUCUCCGCGACCACGUGCGGCGACUUUCUUCAUCUCCUUCUGCGCAUUCUGCGCGGCUUCCCAGUCGCCGCACACCUCUACUCGCCUCCACACAUGCAGAGCCUUAUGUGGCGAGCGUGGCAGAAGGCCGCGCAAAUGCCGCAGCUCAACGGCGUGUUCCAGGCGCUUCUCAAGGCGUGCCUGGCGGUAAGCGCGCAAGACGGGAAGCCGACUGGCGCAGAGACGCGCGAGGCGGGCGACGCGUGCGAAGCGGCCGUCAGCCUGGCGAUUCAGGAGCGUCUCGUGCCUCGGCUUUUCGGCCUCUUGGAGAAGCACCGCGUGGACGUCACGGCGCACCAGGCGCAGGAGUCUCUGCAGAGAGGUCUCGAGACCUCCUCGGAGCCUGAGUCCGCGGAGCCCGGUCGUCGCGCCUCUUCUUCAGCUCUCCGCUCGUCGCCCUACGUGGCCUGCAUGUGCGUAGAAGCCGUGCAGACGGUCUUCGCAUCGCAGCCGCUUCAAGCGCCUUCGCGUCGCCCGUUUUUUGGACCGCUUGAUACUGUGCCGCGAGCAGUGACCCCCGAGUGUCGCCAGCCAGCAGGUCGGCGGUUUUCUGCGGGGGCUGAACUCGCCCGCGACCCUGGAGUCGCCUUUUUGAUGGAGCUAGACCGCGCAGGAAAGCGCGAUGGAGGCGAAGGCGAGCAGCGUGGAGAGCUUAGGCGGUCUCCACCGAGGGCCUCGUCAGUUGCAGCGGCGUCUCGCGCACGCCGCAGCUGUGUGGGAGACGAGGGAGGAGAGGUGCUCGCCGAGGACUGCGAAGGAGGAACGGGGGAGGUUUCGCGUGCCUUCGCGUCUCACCGCGAGAGCGCAUCGGUUGAGGAGGAGCUCGUGGCGGGGGGAGCGAGGCCGAGCGAGGACGGGGGACGAGGCGACAGUCCGCGCCUCUUCGUCGUCUCUCCGCUUCUGCCUCUUCUCUGGGACUGCAUGCGCGAAAUUUGCGGCGUCUGCAUGUUGACUGAGGACGACGAACUUCUCCGCCUCGGCUCUGAGUGCAUCGCGGUUUUCCUUCUUCACACGCAUCCGCCGUCGCUCCCUCCGCCUCACCCCUGCGCCUUCGUCUCCUCCGUUGUCCCUCUCCGCAGCGCGGCGCAAGCGGCCGAGCCGGAGGACGGUGGAGCCCAAUCAAGCGGCGAUUGCGAAAGGCUUGCGCUAUGUCAUCCUCAGGGGGCAUCAUCGGAAGGCCUUGCGCCAUCGUUUGCGUUUCUGUCAUGCUCUCCCCACGCGACGGGAGAGCCCGAGGCGCGGCAGGAGGAGGCGCGUUGGUCGUCUCUGGAUCGCGAGAGGCGCCGCAUGACGGAGGCGCUGCUGUUUCCCUAUGUACUUCCUGUCGCAGGGCGGCUGCUCAACGAUACGUCUCUGGAUGAUUCCGCAGCGACGCAUGUGGCGGGGCUCUGGGAGACUAUCUUCUUUUGUUUUUUCUUCGAUCGCGCGCUUCUUUUCCCUUCGCAUCUUCAGGAGCUGCUAGUGCUUCUCGUGCGGCGCCAUGCGCGCGCCAGCGGCGAAAACGUAGUGGAAGCCGAAAGCGGGAAGCGCCAGCGCGCGGAUCUCCUCACGGCAACCUGUUGGUUGACUCUGUUCGACGUUCCUUCGCUUUUUUCGCUGCUGGCGAACACGCCGCUCGAAGAAAGAGAGGCAGAACUGGCGGGCGCGCAGCCCGGAGGCGCCACGCGGAGCGCCCAGGCACGGCGCAGCAGCGGCGAAGAGGCAGCAACCCGAGACGCGCUAAGAGGCCACAGCGGGGAGGAAUGCAGCCCCAGGCGCGAGAGGAAGGCGCUUGACUCAGCGGAUCUGAGGAAGCGAACGGCUGCAGAGGGAGAGGAAUAUAGGGGCGAAGGAGAAGGCGUCGCGGAAAGCACGAGGCUCCGCGCCACGGACCGCGAAAGGCGAGCGGAGAGUCAAUCUGUUCAACACAGAGAGGGGAUGGAGCAAGAUGGGCUCUACGUGCGCACUUGCAGACGAGAUCUCCGGGGGGAUGGGGACUUGCAGAAAGAGCAGCAAAGUGUCUCUCCUUCUGAGCCGCGUGACGCGGCCCGUUCGUCGUCUCUCUCGCGUUCGAUGCUGGCCUACCUGGUCACCGAGGUGCUCUCGGCGCUGAGGGGCUUGAGGCCUCCGCCGGAAGGAGAGGGGGACGGAGACGAAGAGGGAUGGCCCAAGAGAGCGCGACGCGGCGCGCGGCCGGGGGCACACAACGAAGAGAAAGGAGCGGAGAUGGAAGCGUCGCCUGAGUUCAUCAGGUUGCGAUACACCCGAAACGUGCACAUCAACCUGGUAUGUGCGUUGCUUGCGCACUGUGACGCUGCGACACUCCGCGCUCUCGUCGCGGACUCUCUCGAGGGGCGUGGCGGCCGCCUGGCGGGCGGGCGCCCUCGAGGGGGCACCCUCUCCUCAGGGAGGGCCUCCGCCCCUGCGGUUUCCUGUGAAGCAGAGCGAGGAGACUUUUCCUUCUCGGGCUUUCCUCGUUCUCCUCGCGAGUUUCAGGAGACUUGCCGGCCGGCGGCUCGCCGCUGCAGUGUGGAGCAGCAGAGGGCGAGAGGGCGACAGCGAGGCGACGCGAGCAGCGACUUCGAAGGCGAGCGAAGCCUGGCGACAGAGCUUCUCUGCCACGUCCUUCGCCUGGGCCUCCCUGCUGAACGGCUCCGACAAGCUGCGCUCUCUGCUGAUCGCAGUCUCAGUUUGGCGAGUGCGUCUUCAUCGCAAGCGCCUUACUCGGCGUCCGCGCCCCAGAGGUCGCGGAGCCUGGAGUCUUUCCGCUUGGCCUCCCUUUCCGCCGAGGGCCUUCACCACGCCGCCGACGGCCGCGCCUGCCGCUCCAUUUCAGGGACUUACAGGCACGAGCUCUUCGACGGCGAACCUGCGAAGCAGGGAGUGGAGCACGCUCAUGACUUUGGGCGCUUUGCUUCCGGUCAACCCUCCGCCAGCGGAGGACCUCUCACACAUGGGCAAGAAUUUAGCGAGAUCCGGGGGCUUUUUCGGCGAGAGAGAGACUUCGCCAGCGCCACGUCUCCGAGACGCGGACGCGCGGAGUCAAGCGGAGUCGGCGUGAACGAGGAUGCUUUUCUUGUAAGGCGAGCAGAAGGGCCUCGCCCGCUCUCUGCUUCUCUCUGCGAGGAGCGCGGUGACCAACCGGCCGCUAAGGGCGAGAUGGAGCCGGCCGAUUCUCUGCUUUACGGACAGCGUCCAGACAGGCUCACGUCGACUCUCGCUCGAAGUGUGACGACGCGCGGCGCUCAGCCCGUGACCGCCUUUCUCUUAAGGGAAAUCUUGCAGAUUUCCGAGCAGCAGGGAUGCUUCGGCUGUGUGGCGGCGGCGUGUCCAAGGCGACGCGCGCUGGACGAGCGCCGCGGGGGCUGGCCAGGGGGCGCAGACGCGACAAGGCACCUUCUGCUGCCGCAAGAAUCCGACCCGAAGCAGGACGCCGCCGAUCGGCUCCUGGCGAAAACGCUUUCUCGGAGGGCGCGCGGGCGUCGGACGAUCUUCGACGAGCGUAGGGCCCGUGACCCGCUUUUCCUCGAUCCCUCGGAGGAGCGUGUGCUUUCGUUCCUGCGCGACUGUGUGGCGCGCAUGUCGAGACUCGAGUCGUGGGCCUUGGAUCGCCGGGUGAAGUCCCUGUGGGGCGACUUGGACUGGCGCCUUCGGGAGCUGAUCGCUCAGCUCGCGGCGCCUAGGCGAGAGGCUGGCGUGGUGAGAAGCGCUCCGCGGAGCCUAUGCGCAGAGAACUGCUUCACAGGCGAAGAGCCUUUCCUCCCCCGUCCUGCAGGAGAUCGCGACAGGGAAGCUAGUUCUGGGCCUGCAUCCCUUCAGGGAACCGCCUUCUAUUCGCACGCGCGAGGCGCCGCAGACGUUCUUGACCCUGGAUUCGCUGAGCCGGUCUCGAGGACAGGUCACCGCGACGCAAGGCGGGGGGCAGCAGCAGAGCGACAGGAAAGUGCUUGCCCUAUCCUGCAGGGGCUUCACAUCGGGGCAGUCAGCGUAGUGCAGCUUCGUGAUGACGCGUCCUCAGCGACACACGAUGUCGCUUUCGUGAGUUCGUGGGAUGAAGAGUUACGGAAGAGAGACUACAGCCUCGAGCGUGCCGCGCGACCGGCCGGGCUCCUCAGCGACGCCGCCGAAGGCACAGAUCGAGAAUUGAUUCAGCAAGCCGCAGGAGACGCCCUCCAAGGCGACCCCGGGCUUGGGGCCUGUUCCUUGGCUGAGGCGGCCUCGUGGGCGAAACAGUUUCGCGAGCUCCGACGGACCAGAGGAGACCUGGGAAGGCGGCAAGCUGAGCUCCUUCGCAGGAUGCGAGGGCCUCGGGCCUGCUUCUCGCAGGCGGAACUCUACGAGGACGAUGAGGCCGCCAUGAAAUGCGACUAG